GGUUUUGUGGCGGGCGGCAGCCGCCAGGCGGCCACUCGGCGGUAACUGCGCGGCGGGUGAUGCCGUGCGGGCAGCCGGAGAGCGGCGCCGCCCCCGCGCGGUACGUGGUGGGGGUGGACGUGGGCAGCACGGUGGUGAAGUGCCACGUCUAUGACCGGGCGGCCGCCGUCAGGGGCUCCAGCUGCAGAAAGGUGGAGUCACUUUAUCCUCAUCCUGGAUGGGUUGAAUUAGAUCCUGAAGUGCUGUGGAGUCAGUUUGUUGGUGUGAUAAAAGAGGCUGUACAAGCUGCAGGACUUCACAUGAGGCAAAUUGCUGGUCUUGGCAUCUCAACACAGAGAGCAACUUUCAUUACAUGGCACAGGAAGACAGGGAAACCUUUUCAUAAUUUCAUAAGUUGGCAAGACUUAAGAAGUUCUGAACUUGUGAAUUCCUGGAAUAAGUCCCUUCUGCUGAAGGUAAUCCAUAUAAUUUUUACAGUUCUUCAUUUCUUGACUGGGAAUGACCGAUUUUUGGCACCAAGUUUUCUUACUUUUUCAACACAACAGACUUCUAUGAAGUUGUCAUGGGUUUUUAAAAAUAUACAUGAGGCUGAAGAAGCUGCCAAAAAAAAUAACUGCUGCUUUGGAACAGUAGAUACGUGGUUAUUGUAUAGGUUGACUAAAGGUUCUGUGUAUGCUACAGAUUACUCAAAUGCCAGUGCUACAGGCAUUUUUGAACCCUUUACGAAAUGUUGGAACCCCUCUUUGUGUAAUUUACUUUCCAUUCCAAUGUCUAUUUAUCCACCAGUGAAAGACACAAGCUUCAACUUUGGAUCAACUGACUCUGAAAUAUUUGGGGUACCUAUUCCAAUAAUGGCAGUGGUAGCUGACCAGCAAUCAGCCAUGUUUGGAGAAUGCUGUUUUCACCCAGGAGAUGUUAAAUUGACAAUGGGAACAGGUGGUUUUUGGAAUGUGAAUACUGGAGAGCAUCUCUUUGCAUCACAAAGAGAUCUGUAUCCACUGAUUGGUUGGAAGAUUGGGGAAGAAGUUGUUUACUUAACUGAAGGCUGUAUGUCAGACAUUGGCACUGCCAUAAAAUGGGCCCAGGAUAUAGAUCUUUUCACCAAUGUAGAUGAAACAGCAAAAAUGGCACGGAGUAUUGUUGAUUCUCAAGGCGUUUGUUUUGUUCCAGGUUUUCAGAUUUCUGUAAAAGACCCAUAUUUGUGUGCCUCUUUCAUGGGACUGAAACCUUCCACUACCAGAAAUCAUCUCGUACGAGCUAUAUUGGAAUCUGUAGCUUUCAGGAACAAACAGCUUUAUGAUGUCAUUGUGAAGAAAGUACGCAUUCCUCUUCAAACUAUUCGAGCUGAUGGAGGUGUCAGUAAUAAUAGUUUUGUCAUGCAGAUGACUUCAGAUUUAAUUAGUAAGAAAAUAGAAAAACCUGCAAAUGCAGACAUGUCUAGUCUUGGUGCAGCUUUUCUAGCAGGCCUUGCUUCAGGAUUUUGGACUGACAAAGAACAACUAAAGAAGCUAAGGCAAAUAGAAGCAGUUUUUGAGCCUCAGAAGGACCCAGAGGAAUACAAACCUGCUAUGGACACCUGGCUUCAAGCAAUGAAACGCUCCCUGCACUGGUAGAAAUCGACGUUUUAAUUUUAGAAGGUUUAAAAUGGUUUACUAUUUAUAAAAACUCAACAUUAAUAGGACAGCAAAAUCCAUAACUGGAAUUUGUGAUGGUAUAAAUGUAAUGGUAUAUGGUAUUUCAGUUACUGUCCUGCUGCCAGUUUACUUACCACACCAUAAUGAACCUUCAUAGCAUCCCUGUGACAGCUGUAGUCCAGCUGCAGGAUUUGUGUCCCUUCGGUGACCUCCUUUGGGUGGCCUAGUAGCUUGAAUCCUUCCAAGUAGUAGAAAUGGAGAGUUUUUUCCUAUGAUGAGUUUUCAACUGAGGAGCUCACCUCCCUUCUGCUUUUUAAAAUUUUUGGUAUGUUAAUCAUUAAGGAAGGAUAAAAGGCUUUUCUAAGAAAACUAAAAUGAUUGCUGGGGAGGUAGUUGGGAUGAACUUGAUUCUAUACAAAGAUACUUUCUUAUUAGUAGUCUGUUUACCACCUUUUGGUUGACUUUCCUAAGGAAAUAUUUGACCCAGCUGUGGUUCAUUUUUGUACACCAAAUGAAGGUGAAAUAUAAAAGCAAACAGACUUUCAGCGCUAUAAAAAUAAAAUAAUCUAGGACUUUUGUAGCUGAGGGUUCCUAUCUAAUUGGUAGCUCAAUUUAAAAAUUUGUUUUAUAAAGGCCAAAAGCUAUGUUAUCUGGCAUAGCUAAUAUAAAAUACAUAAAAGGUAAUCACAGGUAUGCUAUCUAACGUGUAAAAAUCAGUAAUAUUAAUAUUUUCAAGCCUGUUGUUACAUCCUACUAUUACUAGCUAAAAGGAAGUCAAAAGUCUGGUUUUAAAGCUAUGAAUUACUUUUAUAUUUUUAAAAUAAGUUAUAAUAAAAGAAAUGUGUAGUUCAUUAUUCUUAUGUAUUUGUUUAUCACUAAUCUGAAAUGAUUAUAAUUUUAU